AUGUCGGAGCCCAGGGCAACGACGGCAGACGAUGUGGACGACCUAGACGAUGUGCUAGAUGAAUUUGAUGCCGUGACAAAGUCUGAAGUGCCUGAUGGCGCUGAGACUUCCAUGUCGGAAUCGCUGGAUAAAGAUAAGGGUGGUGCUGAGGAGUCUGCCGAGGAUCCCUUGUCGGAUGAAUUCGUGGAAGAACUGACGAAAAAUAUGGAGUCGUUCAUGGAACAUCUCGGAAAGCAUAUGUCUGAUGGUAAGGAGCCCAAGCUACCACCUCGACCGCCGAGCACGUCGCACACCGAGACGAGUGGUGGAGUGCCGCCGGCGGAAGACGAACUGAUGAAACAGUUCGAAAAGCUCUUGUCGGGAAAUAUGGAGGGCCUGGACAAGGGCGCAUCUGAUGAUACGAGCGCACAGCAGACGGAGCCACCGAGCGAGAAAAGCUUUCAGGACGCCGUCCAAGCCACUAUGAACAAGCUGAGACAAUCUAACGCAUCGGCCAACACCCAGUCGAAGGGAGCCGAUGAUCCCUUUGCGGCGCUUGGUCUGGACGGGAAUGCGGACAUUUCCAAAAUGCUCGAGGCGCUUUCGCAACCAGGCGAGGAUGGCGAAGCAUCUCUCAGCAAGGUGCUUGCGCAGAUGAUGGAAGAGCUUAUGAACAAGGAUGUCUUAUACGAACCGCUCAAGGAUAUGCACUCUCGAUUCCCCUCUUACCUGGCGUCGUCGGCAGCUGGCAGCAUCGAUACCGAGACGCGUGAAAAGUACGUGUCACAGCAGACGAUCAUGGGCGAUAUUCUUGCCGUGUUUGAGUCGCCGCAGUACUCGGACUCGAAUGUUGAGCUGAGGAAGAAGGUCUCGGAUCUUGUUUCUCGUUUGCAGGACUUGGGCACACCCCCGCAGGAACUUUUGGGAGACAUGCCACCGGAGCUUGCCGGCAUCAACAACAUGCUAGGCGAUGGUGGAGACGAGAACUGUGUCCUUAUGUAG